GACGCAGCGCGCCGGAGCCGCGGUCGCCAUUUUGGUCGUUGCCCGGGCGCCCGGACCGAGAGCGGGGAGCGGGGCCGUCCGUCCGUCCGCCCGCCCUCCGAGCGCCGCCGUCGUCGCCUCUCCGUGUGUUUCAGCCCACUCACGGCGGCCGGACGAUGUCUCCGCCUUGAGGGGGCCCGCUCGCCGCUCCAGCGCCCGGACUGUCGUUCCCCACCCCCAGCUCCCGAGACAUGGUGCCCAGUGAGGAGAACCAGCUGCUACCCCGGGAGUCAGAGACAGCAGCAGAUGAACCACGGGUGCUGUGUAUUGUUCAGGACACCACUAACGCCAAGGUGGUCACUCAGCGGCUCACUCUAAACCUUCCCGCGUCAACUCCAGUCAAGCAGCUGUUCGAUGACGUCUCGGCGAAAGCAGGCUACGUCAAUGGCACCUUUGAGUUAGUCUGGAGCAAUGGUCUGAACAACCCUGACCAGAGCCCCCUGGAUUAUACCAGUGAAAAAUCUCUCACUGAUUCUGGAUUUGAACCAGGAAAGAAAAACUUCCUUCAUCUCACAGAUAAAGAUGGAGAGCAGCCCCAGUUUGCAUCGGAUGAGUCUGGUACAGCAGAAAGCAGUGGACAUGAUGACAGCACUCAGGAAAGGAUUAUUGGCCCUCAACUGAGGGAAAACUCUGUGGGUUGUGGAGAUUACAGUAAUCACAGCUACUCGUACUCUCCCAUCCUGGGAAAGUCGGAAACGGGAUAUGUGGGAUUGGUGAAUCAAGCUAUGACCUGCUACCUGAACAGCUUGUUGCAGACGCUCUUCAUGACUCCUGAGUUCAGGAAUGCACUGUAUAGGUGGGAGUUUGAAGAAUGUGAGGAAGAUCCAGUUACCAGCAUUCCCUACCAACUCCAAAGGCUCUUUGUCUUGUUGCAAACAAGUAGAAAAAGAGCAGUGGAAACAACAGACGUGACACGGAGCUUUGGUUGGGAUAGCAGUGAAGCCUGGCAACAACAUGAUGUUCAGGAACUCUGCAGAGUCAUGUUUGAUGCACUCGAGCAAAAAUGGAAGCAAACUGAACAGGCUGACCUCAUUAACCAGCUGUACCAAGGAAAAUUGAAGGAUUAUGUCAAGUGUCUAGAGUGCGGCUACGAGAGCUGGAGAAUUGAUACAUACCUCGAUAUCCCACUGGUGAUCAGACCAUAUGGUUCCAGUCUGGCGUUUAACAGUGUGGAAGAAGCUUUGCAAGCAUUUGUCCAGCCUGAGACUCUGGAUGGCCCCAACCAAUACUUCUGUGAACGCUGCAAGAAAAAAUGUGAUGCCCGCAAGGGACUGAAGUUCCUUCAUUUCCCAUACCUGCUGACUCUGCAGCUGAAGCGGUUUGAUUUUGACUACACCACAAUGCACAGGAUAAAGCUGAAUGAUCGGAUGACGUUUCCAGCCGAGCUGGACAUGAGUCCUUUCAUUGAUGUGGAAGAGGAAAAAUCUCCUCAGACCGAAAGCUGCACGGAUAGCGGUGCUGAAAAUGAAGGGAGUUGUCACAGUGAUCAGUUGAGCAAUGACUUCUCAAACGAUGAUGUUGUGGAUGAAGGGAUCUGCCUGGACAACAACAGUGCUGGUGAUAAAACAUCAAAGGCAGGGAACGAAAAGAGUGGCUGGAUUUACGAACUCUUCUCAGUUAUGGUUCAUUCGGGGAGUGCCGCUGGAGGACAUUACUACGCCUGUAUUAAAUCAUUCAGUGAUGGACAGUGGUAUAGUUUCAAUGAUCAGCACGUGAGCAGGAUUACUCAAGAUGAUAUUAGGAAAACAUACGGCGGCUCUCCAGUGACCAGAGGUUAUUACUCAAGCGCCUUUGCUAGCUCAACCAAUGCGUAUAUGUUAAUUUACAGACAAAGGGAGUCCACGAGGAAUGCAAAGUUCUUGGAGGUGCAUGAUUUUCCAAAGCACAUUGAACGUCUGGUCCAGAGGGAGAAAGAAUCAGAAGAACAAGAGAAAAGGCAGAAGGAAAUUGAACGCAACACAUGCAAGAUAAAGCUGUUCUGCAUGCAUCCCGUGCGACAGAUCAUGAUGGAGAACAAACUGGAGGUCCACAAGGACAGAACAUUACAGGAAGCUGUGGAGAUAGCAUACAAGCUCAUGGACCUGGACGAUGUACUUCCGCUAGAUUGCUGCCGGCUGGUCAAAUAUGAUGAGUUCCAUGAUUACUUGGAGCGUUCGUAUGAGGGAGAGGAGGAUACCCCUGUGGGCCUGCUCCUGGGUGGAGUCAAGUCAUCUUAUAUGUUUGACUUGUUGCUGGAAACGAGGCGACCUGAUCAAAUUUUUCAACCGUACAAGUCAGGGGAAGUGAUGGUGAAGGUGCACGUGGUUGACCUGAAGACAGAAACGCUGGCUCCACCCAUCAGUGUUCGGGCCUAUCUUAACCAAACAGUGGCCGAGUUCAAACAGAUCAUUUCCCAGGCAACAGGACUCUCUGCUGAACACAUGCGUAUUGUACUAGAGCGCUGUUGCAAUGACCUGCGGUUGCUUCAUGUGCCCAGCAAAACACUGAAGGCUGAAGGAUUCUUCAGGAGUAAUAAGAUAUUUGUCGAAAGCAUGGACACGCAAGAUAAUCAGGCACCGUUCACUGAAUCUCAGCUCUGGCAUCUACUAGACCAGCAUGCCAACACCAUUCGGCUGUACGUUUCGUUGCCGGAACAGUCGCCGGGGUCCCAGGGGCUGAGGUGUCCACAUCAAAAAGCGGCAGGAGAUCCAGUCAGCCAAGAAGACAGCUGCGAGUCUGCAAGGGGGUCUUCAGCCCGCAGGAAGCCUGUGGAGGCUAUUUUGGAGGAGAGCACAGAGAGACUGAGAAACCUUUCACUGCUGCAGCACCAGCAACAGUCAUCCUGCACGUUGGGAGGGAACGGCGAUGGACUGAAAAGCUCAGAAGGCAGUGACUUUGAAACGAUCGAGUCCCCGUCACAAGAGACCGAAUUGUCGGCCUCUGUGGACAACAGGGAACUGGAAAACCGGAUUCCCUCCUCGGAUGCCGAGGCCCCGCUGCAGUCGGAGGAGCGGUCGGAUUCUGACGUGAACAAUGAUAGGAGCACCAGCUCCGUGGACAGUGAUAUUCUCAGCUCCAGCCACAGCAGUGACACUUUGUGCAAUGCGGAUACGGCCCCCAUUUCCCUGACCAACGGCCUGGACUCUCACAGCAUCACGUACAGUCGCCGCUCAAAGGCCAGCGAGGGGAAGAAGGAGACGUGGGACACGGCGGAAGAGGAUUCGGGGACGGAUAGCGAGUAUGACGAGAACGGGAAGGGUAGAGGAUUAGCGCGGUACAUUUACUUCAAAGCAGAGCAGUGCACAUCUGAGGAUGGAUCAGAUUUGUUGGUGUUUGUUGAUAAGCGUAUCACACUGGCUGCAUUCAAGCAACAGUUAGAGCCUUAUACUGGAGUUCCAUCAUCCCAGUUUAAGAUCUUCCGAGUCUAUGCUAAUAGCCAAGAGUUUGAAAGUGUUCGAUUAAACGAAACUCUUUCAUCAUUCUCUGAUGACAACAAGAUAACCGUUCGACUUGGGAGAGCUCUGCGGAAAGGAGAAUAUCGUGUUAAAGUGUACCAGCUACUGGUGAAUGAUCCAGAGCCUUGUAAAUUUCUCCUCGAUGCUGUGUUUGCUAAAGGCAUGACAGUGCUUCAAUCAAAGGAAGAGCUCCUGCCCCAACUGAGAGAGCAGUGUGGGCUAGAUCUCAGCAUCGACAGGUUUAGACUCAGGAAAAAGACCUGGAAAAAUCCUGGAACAAUCUUUCUGGACUACCACAUCUAUGAGAAUGACAUCAACAUCUCCAGCAACUGGGAGGUUUUCCUUGAGGCACUUAAUGAACCUGAGAAGAUGAAAUCCUUGUCCCAGCUGGCAGUGCUGACCAGGCGAUGGAGGCCGUCACAGAUGAAGCUGGACUUGUUCCAGGAGGUUGUCCUGGAGAGCAGCAGUGUGGAGGAGCUGAAGGAGAAGUUACACGCAAUAAGUGAAAUUCCCAUUGAAAACAUAGAAUUUGCCAAGGGCAGGGGAACAUUUCCCUGUGACAUUUCAGUGUUGGAAAUUCACCAGGAUUUAGACUGGAAUCCCAAAGUCACAACUCUGAAUGUCUGGCCACUUUACAUCUGUGACGAUGGAGCAGUCAUCUUCUACAGGGACAAGACUGAGAUGCUGAUGGACAUGACCGAGGAGCAACGCAAUGGGCUGCUGAAGAAAGAAAGCAGCCGACUGCAGAAGUCGGGUCACCGGGUCAACUACUCUCCCCGCAAAGAGAAAGCACUGAAGAUCUAUCUGGACAGCGGCCCCAGUAAAGACUCAGGCCAGGAAUGAGACCCAGCCUGGCCUGCUCCAGCUCAGCCCUGCUGCUCUAUGGAAAUGGGACCGAUUCACCACUGCUGUGUAGAACUCCUGUGGCUGUCCCAUUCAUCAUUAGGUCUACCUAAUGACACCAGCACUGAUUGGCUUAUUGCCCACCAAUCGGAAGCCCAGUGGGGAUGACUGACUCUGAAUCAUGUCGUGCACUAUAGUCUAUUGUACUGUAAAGUUCAAAAGGACGUGCAAACCACAGGGAAAAGUUUGAAUAUAAUGUGGGCUCUGCACAAACUCGCUGGAAAAGCUAGACGCAUUUGCAAACGGGAUUUUGUAGCUGAAUAAAACCUGUGCACAGUCCAAAGAAUUUGUCAUUUAUUUUAUUCACGUAUGAGCACGUAUCUCAUUGAUGAAUUUUAAAAUAAGGCGUACUCUAUGUGGGAUAGGGAGGGAGAGCUUUGGGGACGGAGUGCUAUUAGAACUGGAGGAAAGGGCGCGAUGAUAAACCAAAUGAAUGAGUGUUGUUAGCGACUUUUGCUUGGCCUGGAGUUCUGUGCAUGUGGUUUGAAAGUCUGUGCCCUCGCAUCUUGUCAGAGGCAUCGUGAUUGUAACUUAUUUUUAGUUCCCAAGCUGUGAUUUCGAGGAUCUGGCACUCGUAUUGCUCGGCAGAUGUUGAGACAUGGAAAAUAGCUGCAGCUUGGCGGAUAACUCAUUGGGCCAGGGCAGGAGAUAUAUCCCCUCCCAACCCCUGUCUGCCUCAGGUACGCACACCAAGCCACACCGCGCGUGUGGUGCACUCUUAGAGGGCUGCUUGAACUUGUAUUUUUAGGUGUUUUCUUUCCUGUCUGUUUGGUUGAUAUUUGGACAUCGAUAAUUAUUAUGCCUUUGUUAAUUCUUUUGGUUUUUAUCACCUUCUAAGUCCAUCUUGGUUCCAAUACUGUAUGCUGUACUUUUGUGACCCUGUGUCAAAUGGUUUAAUUGGUUUGUGAAUCUUGUUCCAUGAGGAAGCAUAGAUUGAUUUUAAUUUUAUGCUGUAUUUAAUUCACUUAACAGAAUAGGGAAGAUCAUUCUCAUGUGAAUUUAUUUCAAUCAGUUCAAAAAGCAGUUGAAACAAUUUUGUUUCAUGGCUGGCUCCACCUCAAACACUUGUCCAAGAAGCUCUAGCAAGUGGAAACACCACUCUUGCAAAACCUCCACCGCUGUUCUCUUUUGAACUUUGCAGGAGUUCUCAAUUUUUAAUGACACAAAUGGAUCAUCAAAGAUGCAUUUUGGUGAAUAUUUUUUCAUACCCAAUGCUGUUCACAAAUGAGUAACAUGCCAAUAAAACAUUUAUUCAUUCUA